AUGUUUUCCCCCUCAGUGGUCGUGGCUCUCGCCUUGCUCUGCACCUUGGCCUCGCCACGAGUGACCGGUCAGCUUUGCACGUCGCCUCCGACCACAUCGGCCAGCACAUAUGGAUUGACAGGGCGGGAUCUGUGGGGAUCUGGCGUCUACACCACCGACGUGCUCUCGACCAAGGUUGACGUCGACUACGACUGCGACGGACGGCAUGAUGCUAUUGCCUUUGAUCGAUACGGUAUGACUGUCCUUCCCUCGUCAGCUGCAUUUGUGCGGGACAUGCUGCCGGCGACGCAGCCUCCGGGCUCGAGCCUCAUGCCGUACCCGGGCUGUCCCGGUGCAGCCAUGGGCCCGGUUGGCAUGAUGCCCGACGUUUGGGCCGCGCCGUACUUUGUUUCGCACGCCACGACAAGCUACCCAUCGUUCUAUGUCCACGACGGUUACGCCGGCGACCUCAACGGUGACAACAUUCCGGACCUUGUCAUCGGUGGGUCGUAUGGGCUCGAUGCAGUGCGCGGUGUGGCAGACAGACCAUACCCGGUCUACGUCGGCGAUGUGCCGUUGCCAGACUACCCCAGCUCGCCGAUCUUCUCGAGCCGCGAGCAUGUGCUGAAAGACGUCGAUGGUGACGGCGAUGCCGACCUCAUGUUUGCGCUCUUUGACAACGGCGUUUCUCUUGUGUGGCGCGAGAACGAUGGGAACGGGGCGUUCUCCAUCCCGGCCUCGCCGAUCGUGUAUGAGCCAGUGUCGACGUACUUCGUCCAGCACAUGGACGUGGCACUGGUCAACGGCGACGCCUGGCCUGACGUUGUGUAUAUUACCAGCAAUCGCGACGUGUACGUCCACCAUGCGUCCGGCCCAGGCGUGUUCUCAGCGGCCUCGCCCGCCGUCCUGGUCACCACAUCGUCGACGCUCAGGCGCUCGAGCAUCUACGAAAUCCGGUUCUUUGACUACGACAACGAUGGUGACUUGGACAUCCUGUUCUCGUCGUCCUCGUCAGACAUUGUCGCGGUCUACCCGAACGCCGCAGCGUCGCCGGCCGCCAACUUUGCGCCGACGGGCACCAUCGUCACCCUCGCGAGCUCGACUAACUACAUGGGCCGGUUUGCCGUCGGCGACGUCAACCUCGACACCUUUCUCGACAUUGCUGUUGUCACGCUGUCGAGCGAUUCGGUCCUCUAUGUUCGCAACAACGGCGACUCGACGUUUACCACCACGACUGCGGUCUCGAUCUCGUACCCGCGGCACGUGGCGCUCGGUGACAUUGACGGUGACAGCGACCUGGACAUUUGUGGCUGUACGCUCAACGUUGUCUUUUGUUCGCUGUUUGACGCUGGCUCUGGUGUCUUUACUGGCACUUUGUUUGAGGACAGCCCCACUGGCCUCACUAGUGAGAACUACGUUGCGCUGGAAGACCUGACCGGCGACGGCCGGCUUGAUCUUCUCAUCAUGUCGUCGGCAACCGAGAACGCGCUUGUCUACUACGAGAACUUGGCCGCGUUCUCGACGAUCUUCCAGCUUGACCGCCCUGCAGCGUUUCUGACAGACCUCGCCGACAUCGACUACCAGGCCGCGAUCGGCGACACUAACGGCGACGGCGUCGUCGACUUUGUGGUCCAGCUUGUCCACUACAACACGACAGCCAUGGCCUCGUUUGUUACCGGCGGGCCGGGCUCGUCCAUCCCUGGCUCGCCACUUCCGUCGUAUCCGUCGACGACGGCGCUAACCACCACCUCGAGCGACGUCCACCGCAUUCAGGUUCUUGACGUUGAUGGCGAUGGCGACCGCGACGUUGUGUUUGUUGAGGAGUUCUCGAACGCGCCUUCCCAGCUUCGGAUCAUUCGCAACCAGCACGCCGACUCGGGCGCGCUCCCCGGCGCUCCGCUCGACUUUGAGUCGGUCAACAGCAUCGCGACGAUUGCCAACGCGCCGGUCUCGGGCACCAUCGGCUAUGCGCUCGAGAUUGUCGAUCUCGGCAACGGGCGCGACAUUGUCGUCGCCUGGGACGGCCCGGGCGUGUUUGGCGAGGUGUGGUGGUAUGCUGUCCCUGACUGGUUGGCUCCGGAAAGUGGGGUGAUCAGUACCCGGCUUGCCGGCGAACUCUCCGAGAUCCGCCACAUUGUCUUCCGCGAUGUCGAUGGCGACGGACUGAUGGACCUUGUUGCCAACACUGGGCCGGAGCUCGUCCUUUUCCAUGCUGCCAGCAGCGUUUGGAGCGACUUUGCAGCAAGCGCAACCCGACUUUCGCUCGCUGUCAUCGACGGGCCCCAUCCCGCGGCUUACUUUGAGUUUACCCAGCUCAAUCCAGCCGAAGACACCAUGCCUGACAUCUUGAUCAACGACAACGUACGGAACCACUAUCCGUUCUUUGGCGUGACGCCGAGGCAAGCGUCGGCAGUAGCCAACACCUCGUUCACCACCUUCCACCCGACAGCCAUUGACACAACCGGUUAUCGGUUUGUUGUCACCGACUACGAUGGGGACACUUUUGCCGAUGUCAUCUACGGCUCGACCUCGGGCUUCCACAUCAUGUACAACCUUGGCUUCCGGGAAGCUACCAAGGCUGUCGACGUUGUGAUGUCGUCGUCGCCGAACGGAUUUGGCGGCUCGACGAUUGUUGACAUCAACUCUGACUCGGUGGCAGACAUUGUGGCGUUUGCCACCACAGGAACGAGUUCUAGCAUGCUGUACCUCUUCCUUGACGCGCCCGCCUUUGAGAUCGCUGACGCGACCGCGAUUGACAUGUCCGCGCUCGGUGUGGUCAUCUCGUCAGUGGUUGCUGCUGACAUCACCCUUGACGGCUUGCCGGACCUUGUGGUGACCUCGAAGGUGGGCGAUUUCGUUGCGUGGAUGCCCAACACCGGCGAGCCACCGUACUUUGAGCUCGACGGUCUCGUCAUGGUCGGCAACAUCACGACGACAAACUCUGCGCUCAACGGGCCAGACAACCUCGCUGUUGUGCUCCUCAACGAUGACUUGCUGCCAGACAUCGUGACGUUACCGCUCUACACUCGCAAGCUGAUGCUCUUCCUCGGCGACGCGGCGUCGGCGACCGGCUUUGACGCCGGCAGCGUCCUGGCCGACCUCUCGACUCUGUGCUCGUCGCCAGACCGGCGGGUGUUGAGCGUUGACAUGACCGGUGACAGGCUCCUUGAUUUUGUGGUCUCGUGCUCGAACAGGGUGUUGCUUGUUCCUUCGAUCGGCGGUUUGCCGUGGGCGAUGGCGAGCGCUGUUGUGCUAGCCUCCCCACCGAGCCUCACCGCCAUCCAGCUCGUUGACCUCAACCGGGAUGGGGCACUUGACUUGGCGUACACGACCGGUACGGAGGGCGAGGGAUUGCUCUACGCGAUGAACAUGGUGCCGUUUGGCGCCGGCCUGCCGAGCUUUGGCCCGCCGCGGGUGGUGCCGCUCGAGGUCAACUGGGGGCGGGCCGACUCGCCGGGCUACUCGACCCGCUCAUCGAUGACAUACCCGCUCACGCCUGGGAACAACCUCAUCGUCGCAGAUGUUGAUAUGGACGGAUGGGACGAUCUGAUGUACAUGUCGUCGUUGACGUACUCGCGGGUCACGAUUGUGCUCAACCAGUCGCCUGUCGCGAGCAUCGGGGUGUUCAACGACUCGUCGAGCAUGCUCGGACCGUCGCGGCUCUCGAGCAACAUGCCGUGGCACUUUCAAGCCGUUUCCUCCCUUCGCAAUAUCCGCGAUGUGCACGUGGCCGACAUCGAUGCGGACGGAUUCCCCGACAUGGUGGCGUCUGGCAUUUCGCCAUCGUACAACCUGGUGUACACCGGGAUGCAGUCGACGUGGCGAGCGACGCGGGCGCCUGCGACGUUCCGGGUCGAGACCGACAAAUGCGGCUUCUCGCUCGCAUGCGUGACCGAGACCAUUGCACUGCGGACCGGCAAGUGCCUGUUUGACACAGUUGUGCUCCCGACCGGAACCUACAGCGGGUGCCCGACCGAGGAGCCGUACCUCAUCGGGCGGUCGCUGCGGCUGCUUGGCGAGGACGCCGGUGCUGUGUUUGACUGUCGACACUCGGGCAUGCUCUUCCGCGUUGCCGACGUGGGCGUCCAGCUGACGUUGGAGAAUGUGGAGAUCCGCAACGCUAAGACGUCCUCGACGCGGUUUGGUGGCGCGGCCAUCGACGUCGAGGGCGGCUCGCUUGUCCUCCGCAACGUCACCAUCACCAACUCUACAGCGUUGACGGCGAACCAGCUCUCGGUCUCGUCGCCGGUCAUUGGCUUUGGGGGGGCGAUCCUGCUUCGUGGCGCGGCGUCGCUCCACGCCACCUCUGUGGUCUUUUCGCACAACAGCGCGGGUCACUCGGGCGGGGCGGUAGCACUUGUGGGCAGCGCAAUCGAGGUUGUCUUUGACAACGUGGUCUGCGAGCACAACGAGGCGAUCAUCUCGGGUGGGUGCCUGUUUGUGGAGGCCGGAACCGGGCCGUCGAGCGUUUCGAUUGUCAACUCGCGGAUUGAGAGUAACUCGGCGAUCGGCUCUGAGUUUACGUCUGCGGCCGAGGAGCGCGGCGGCGGGCUGGUGUUCAUUGUUCUGCAGAGCGUUCUGAGCGUGAGUGUGCGAGCUAGCUUGAUUGCGCACAACGCGGCGGCCGAGGUCGGCGGCGGAGUCUUUCUCCGUGCGUCUGACGAUGCGCGCGUGGUGUUUGACCUUGACGACACGGUGCUGUCGGGCAACGGAGCGAGUAGCGGCGACGGCGGCGGCAUCCGCGGCUUUACGCUCGAAUCGGGUGUUGUCGAUGUGGUGCUCGGCCCGGCCGCGGUGCUGUCGGGCAACGCGGCGGCCGGGUCUGGCGGAGCGAUUUCGCUCAGCCUGUCUACGCUGGCAGAGGCCGAUGCGUCGUGCAGCGUGACGAGUGCUCCCGGUGCGAGGCUGGUGGACAACUCUGCCGACAUCCACGGCGGGGCGAUCGCGGUCUCGGGUCGGACGUCGCACGUGACGCUCAACGGUGCGGUGGUGGCGGACAACUUUGCGCGGCGGCUUGGCGGCGGCGUGGCUGUGCUCGGCGGAGCGAGUGGGAGCGUGCUCGGCGGCAGCGUGCGGGCCAACACGGCGGCGUUUGGCGGCGGCGUGGCGGCGGCGCGGGCAGCCGGGUACAUGUCGGGCGGGACGAGCGGGUCCGAGUCGGCGUCGUCGUCGCUGCCGGCCGAGACCCGCGACGGGCCGACGACGUGCAGUGGGCGCGGCGGAGUGACCGUGACCGGCGCCGAGAUUGUGGGCAACGCGGGCGUGUACGGGUCUGUGGGCUUUGCCUGUGGAUCACCGGUGAUUCUUACAGACGUGUCAACGUAUUCGUUUGACGCUGCUGCGCGGUACGCGGGGACAGAGGCGUCGUCGGGUCUGCUGUUUACCUGCGCGCCGGCGAUGGGGCUGUGCUCUAGCGGCGUUGAUCCGUGCUGCCUGGACAGCUCGAGAAGCGAACUCCUUGGCGCGCCGUGGCUGAGCGUGGAUGAUGCCAGCAUGAGUGCGUUCAACGACUCGCUCGGGCUGGUGGCAGGCUCUGUCGGGUACGGUGCUCUUGUGGCGAUGCCAGUGACGUCGCUGGGGUGGGAGGCCGAGCCGCCGGCGACGGUCUCGUCGGGAACGCCGUUUGGCAGCGGGCGAGCGGUUGUGUCCAUUCGCGACGGGCUGGGCCAGGCUGUGAGCGACGCGCAAGUUGCGAUCGAGUUCAGCUUUCCGUCGGCAGCGACCGAGACGCGGUAUGCGUUUGUGGGAGCGGGCCGUCAGCAGCUUGCAGGCGAGGCCACCAUCUCGUUUGAGAGCGUGGGCGUGGCGGUCCGCGAGGGAACCAGCGUGGGCGAGAGCGUGGAGGUGCAGGUCACGGUGGCCAAGUCUGCGAUGGACGCGACGACUGCGCCAGGGACGGUGAUCGCAGCGUCACUUGAGGUCCAGGCGUGCCUGCCGGGCGCAGGCGUGCUGCCCAAGGUUGGCUCGGGAGUGCUCGAGUGCGCCCUCUGUGCCGAAGGCACGUACUCGAACGAGACAUCCCUCGCGGGAUGCACAGUGUGCCCUUCGAGCACGGUGCUGACAGGCGUGGGUGCGACCGAGUGCCUCUUUUGCCCCGCCAACACACAGAUUGUGCCCGGGUUUGUGCCUGUUCCGGGCUCGGGCAUCAACUGCACGUGCAUUCCGGGAACGUGGACGCAGAGCGGGCGACUGAAUGUGGCGUGCGACGAAUGCCCUCUGGGCGGCCGGUGCGCGGGCGGCCUGGCCCCGCCGGUCUCGCUCCCGGGCUACUUUCCGACCGAGGAUCCAGGCGUGUUCCUCGAGUGCCCGAACGCUGGCGCGUGCCGCGGCGGGUAUCCCUUUGCGUGCGCCGAGGGCUACACUGGGCAGCUGUGCGGAGCAUGCGCACGCGGGUACUAUGUGCUCGGCGGCGCGUGCUACAAGUGCGACAACCGAACGAUUCCGCUGCUGUUCCUCGUGUUUGUACUCGCGGUGUGCUUUGUGGGCUUCCUGGUGUGGCUCAACGCGCGUGAGGAGCUGAGCUACCGGUUUGCGGCGGUGAUGAUUGGGUUCAACUCGCUGCAGAUUAGCGCCAUGUACGGCAAGAUGGAGCUGGAAUGGCCGGACUUUGCGGCGCAGUUCUUCAACGUAGUCUCGUUCUUCAACCUUAACUUUGACCUGAGCUCGCCCGAGUGCGCGACGGUGACGGACGACGUGUGGCUGCUCAAGUGGUGGUUGACGGUGAGCCUUCCGCUGCUGUUCUGCCUCCCGUUUGCGAUUGUGAUCACGUGCACGCGGGUGUACCAGAGCGUGAUUGCGCCAAAGCUGGGGCGCACGGUGGAGAUGACGAUGGCGAUGCUGCUGGACGCGUGCCGGCGGUCGUACCUGCAGUUGAUGGUGCUGUUGUACCUUCCGCUUGCGGCGAUGGCGAUGAGCUACAUGCAGUGCCGGCGCGACAAGGACGGGCGUUGGGUCCUAGAGGCUGCGCCAGCCAAGAGCUGCUACGGGGUGUGGUACUGGAACUACUUUUGGGCUGCGGUGUUCUUCUGCGCGGCGUACUGUCUCGGCAUUCCAGGCGUUGUGUUUUGGCUGCUGACGCGGUUGCGAAAGAAGAACGACGACAUGAUGUUUGCGCUGCGGUACGCGUUUUUGGUGGGGCGGUUCAAGGAGAAGAACUACCGGUUUGAAGUGUGGAUCAUGAUCCGCAAGGUGAGUGUGGUGAUAGCGAUGACGUUCUUCCGUGCAGCCGAGACCAAGGCCAACGCGGCACUGAUGGCGCUGAUGGCGUCGUUUGCACAGCUUGUGCGGUUUGAGCCGUAUGCGGCGCCGUUCCACAACUGGCUGGCGGUUGUGUGUCUUGCCUCGUGCGUGUGCAUUCUGUGGGCCGGCACGUUUGGCGAGAGCGAGGCGCGGCAUGUGGCGGCGAUCACCGCCAUCGGUGUCAACAUCCUCGCCAUUGUGGUGGGCAACAUUGUGGACUUUGUGCUCGUGGCGUGGCACGAGAAGGACGUCGGCGUCGAGUUUGAGAUGGGCGCCGAGGCCAACGAGCUGGUGAUGACGACGUUCGACUCGGUCGACACCAGUGCCGGCGACGAGUGCGUGGUCGUCAAGAACCUGGUGUAUGAUCCCUCGGUGGACAAGAUGCCCGGCGGCGGCGCCGAGAUCAAUUUUGCCUCGCUUGGCAUGAACUCGCUCGACAGUCUGUCGAUGACGGUGGUCGAGCCGGCAACGCCGACAGGCCCUGUCGCGUCGGUCGAGCCGACCAAUCCGGUCUUUGCAACUACGGUCCUGUCGACCGGCUCUGGCAAGAUGUCCGAUGUGGCGAUGACGCCACCGCCGCCGCUCCCCAUGCGGCCGUCGUGA